AUGGCCAAUCCCAACGAUAUCAUGUCGGAGGAAGCACGGGUCGUCAUCAAGAGUAUCCGGUCGUUGGUUAUAUCCGGCAAAGAUGACUCGUCCGUGCAGAGCAUCAUGAGGGAUUACGUGGAGCUCAAUGGCCAGCAACUGCCAUACCAGAAGUUCGGCUUCGCAAACUUGGAAGAUAUGCUAAGGGCAAGCGGAGAGUUUGUGGUGCUGCGUAGUAACGGUGGUACGCGAAUCUACGUCAAAUCGAACAGCGAUUCGGCGCACCUUUACGGCCUGACGAAGUCACAGAAUUCGAACAAACGAACGCGUGGUGCUGCGAAGCGCUGCAUCCCCAUGCGACAACCGGCACCACAGUUAAGGUCAGCCGUUGUCCGAGCAGGAGGUGCUACUACUACGGCAUACAGUCGCAUAUACCAGCAACAAAAUAUGGGCUGCAAUCGGAGUUCACCUGGAACUCUACAGAAAGUGUCCUUCCGAAACACUGCAAAUAACAACAACGGUUGUGCUCCUCUCACAAAGAGUGAACUGCAUCGGGCCUUGCCAAAAACAUCACAGGGCCGAGGAGGAUCGUCACCGGCCAAACGAGGCUCACCGGAAGCCAACAAUAAUAGCCACGAAACGAAAAAUUAUAACCUCCGCAGUGGACAUUCCAAACAGCUUCCACCGAACGACUUACGCCAUCUGCUGAACGACAGAAAUAGCGGCCUGAGCCGUUCGUCGGUCGAUAUGCGACAAACGGCAACCAAACCGCCCGCGCCUUCCUCCACCGCUUCGAAGCAGCAGUCGAGCAAUGGUCAGGCGAAAGUGGCCGUCAAUCGAUCGACGAACAGCUACGUGAUCGCUGGUUCCGGUCGAGUAAUUCCUCCGUCGGUUGCAGCACUGCCCCUAAUGCCCAUCAAGGCGCCACAAACAGCAGACUCCACAGGCCCAGCGGUGAACGCGGUGGGCACUCGGAAGACGACGACCAAGAGCGUGAUGUCGCGAUUGGUGCAGGAUGCACCGGCGGACACCACCGGCUCGUCGGUAUCCUGGACUGGCAACGUGUACCAACGCGCACAAUCGCUCACGACUCAAAGCAAACUUCAGGAUCGGCUUACCCAGGUUGCCGAACUGGUGCCGUCAGCGACCGACCGUGGGGCAGAUAAACCGUUCUCAUUCGCAUCCUCCCAGGACGGCACCGAGGCAGGGGUCGAAUUUAGCUGGAACGACCGAAACGCCACACCGGUUGAAUUGCUGGUGAAGUAUAGUGCAUACAAGGGAUACGAUCGUCCCGAGUAUCGGUACUUUCGGUCAAAGAACGGCAAAAUUCAGUGCAAGGUGACCGUUAAUAGGUCAUUGUACUCGACAUAUCCUGCGGAAUUUACAAACGAGUUUGAGGGCCAGUUCGCCGCCGCACUCAAUGCGAUUGAAGCGAUACGAGCCGAUGAAUCGCGCCACACGUACGAGGUUUGCCUGGAGUCGGAUCUAGAGGUAGCGAAUCGCAUCUACGAAAUAUUGGCCAAUCGCCCGAAUGGUACGUUCAGCAAGCGAAUUCCGGAAGCGUUCGAGCAGACGCAUCAGUUACUGCUGCCGGAUCACUGGUUCUCGAUCAUCGAUCGAUACUCGAACCAGCUGUUCGUGCUGGAGGACGGAGUGGGGGAUACGAUUGUGUUUGCCUGUGAGCAACCGUCGAUUUCUGAUGCGGCCUCCAACACGUCGGAGGCACAGCUGAUGGCGGUGAACGAGCUGCAGUUACCGUGGGACAAAGAGUACUGGGAUCUGUACAUCACGAACCCAGCUUCUACGGUCGAAGUUUGGGCACGGCUCGUUGGCGCUGAGUAUAGCGAUAAAAUGGACGCACUCAUCACCGAUAUCGAAAUGUCGAUGAUGAGCGACCAACAGAAGGCGGACGAAUCGAUGGCGGCCGUCGGAGAGUACUACCUUGUUUCGGUCACAGACUGCUGGUACCGGGUGCGUGUGGACGAAAUUAACUAUGAAAACAAACAGUGUCAGUGCUUCUUUAUUGACAUCGGCGAGAAGGAACAGAUGGCAUUGGACCAGCUGUAUCAAUGCGACCCGAAGUUCCUGGAACUGCCCGGUCAGGCAAAACGGUUCACGCUCGAGGGGUUGGAAGAUUUCUGUGACAAUCCGAAAGCGAAGCUCCAUCUCGAUGCACUGAUUAGUGGGCGAGUGUUUAUCGGGGAGAUUCUCACGAAGCGCGAAGAGUACGAGGAAGCCGAACAGGCCAGUGGUAUCGGGUCGGGCCAGUUGAAGCUGGCGCUCUAUGAUACCUCCUCCGACCACGAUGUGCUGCUGAACCCGAUCGUAUUGAAGCACAUCUGCGACGAUACGCCGGAGCCGGCACUGAACCGGAAGAACGUUAACGCGGUAACUAUUUCGUACAUUGACGACCAGGGCGACGUCUACUGUCAGAUGGUUGGAACGAUGGAUUAUAUACAAAAACUGAUCACCAAUCUGACCCAGUCGAACGCGCUCGACGGCAAUCGUGGUCUGUACGAAACGAAAGCCGGCGACAAGCAACAGCUGUACCUGGUGCAGGACGAAACCGAUGGCAAAUGGUACCGGGCGGAACUGGAAGCCGAAGAGUCGGGUCCUUCCUGUCGCAUGCUGUACGUGGAUGUUGGUUGCCGCCGACGCACCAACGUGUCCAACAUCUAUCGUCUCGAGAUGCUUAGCCUAGCACUUAGUCGCUAUCCGCCACAGGCCAUCCGGAUGCGUAUGUUUGGGUUGGACCUUAGUGAACCGCAGGUCCUCGCACGGCUUCGAGCUCUGCUCAAACCGGCCAUGCGAGCGAUAGCGAAGGUGUGUGCGAUGGCGAAGGUAUCUCCAAUAGCCUCCGCUUCCUUGCCAAUGGUCAGAGUGUUCGUACACGUUUCGCAAGUAGGCAGUGAGCCGGGCCAGAAUAUUCUCGUCUGCGUCAACGAUGCGAUUGGCUUCGAGAAGGAGCUGGAGCUUUCUUCGGAA